AUGCCAUCUUUCAAGCAAGAGCACGCGCUGGAGAAGCGGCAGGCCGAGGCCGCGCGCAUCCGCGAGAAGUACCCCGACCGCAUCCCUGUCAUCGUGGAGAAGGCGGAGAAGUCAGAUAUCCCCGACAUUGACAAGAAAAAGUAUCUGGUGCCCGCCGACCUGACAGUGGGCCAGUUUGUGUACGUCAUCCGCAAGCGCAUCAAGCUCAGCCCAGAGAAGGCCAUCUUCAUUUUCAUCAAAAACGUGCUGCCGCCCACUGCUGCGCUGAUGUCAUCCGUCUAUGAGGACCAUAAGGACGAGGACGGAUUCCUCUACAUCACAUACAGCGGAGAGAACACGUUCGGCGGCGGCGGCGAGGGGGCCGCGCCGGCAGCAGAGGAGGGGGCGCUCUCGGAGGAGCAGGGCGGCCGCGCGUGCGCCUGCGCCUGCGGCGCCAGCUGCUCCUGCGGCGCUGGCUGCCACUGCGGGCGGUAG